AUGAAAACACUGAAAAAUACAAUGAAGCCAAACUACGUACCAACACCAUUUGCAAGAACACAGGCUGUUGUUGAGACGCUUCUUAAAGAUGGUACUCCUGUUCUUCUCGAAGGCAAGUCGGGAUGCGGGAAAACUUCUCUGUUGAAGCAUAUUUCAGAACAACAACACAGCAAAAUGUUGUCUGUGCACUUUGGUGACGACAUUGACUCGAAGGCACUUAUCGGGUCUUACAUCACAAGUGAUUCUUUCAGUGAAUUUAAAUGGAAAGAUGGCUCUCUCACAACCGCCGUAAAAGAGGGUUUAUGGUUCUUAUUAGAAGACGUCGACACUGCACCUGGCGAUGUCAUUUCCUUAAUCACUUCGUUACUUAAAACGCGAACCUUUUUCAUUCCAAAUCGCAACGAAACCGUCACUGUCCACUCCAACUUCCGAAUAUUAGCAACACGAACAUUACAUAAAGGAGGAAUGCGAGUCAAUCAAUUCCACAACGCACUGUCUUCCUAUUUCUCUUUAGUUGCUAUGCCUGACAUCAAAAUAGACGAUUUGGAGAGUUUACUGAAUACCAUGUUUGGGAGAGUGAGUGUGUUAAUUCCAACUAUGAUUAAAGUCCACUUCACUCUUGAAACCCUUGGCGUCGAAGUAUCAUUGAGACAGUUACUCUCACUCUGCCAAAGAGUUCAAGAACAGAUUCCAGUCGAGACAAAGAUCAACAUAGCUACAACACAAAUGAAACAUAUCAUCCUUUUCGAAUGCGACAACGUCUAUCUUUCAAACACAUUGGACAAAAGAGUCGGCGUCUUAGAAAAAGUUGCUCGAACAAUCGAAAUACCAUCAAUCACUUUCAUGCUCGAUGGGUAUAAACCAGAACUUACGACAACAAGAGAUACAUUACAAAUAGGACACGUCAUCUUGAAGAAGAACCCCCCUAUCAUCCCGCCACCCCCACAAAGCCCUUUCCCAUUUUCACAGACACAACACUCUCUCUGCUUAUUGGAGAAGUUGGCGGACUGCGUGAAGAACGAAGAACCCGUCCUUUUAGUUGGAGAGACUGGUACAGGGAAGACUACUAUGGUGCAACAAUUGGCGACUUUAUUGAAUCAAAAACUCGUGGUAUAUAACUUGAAUCAACAGACUGAGUCGAGUGACUUGGUUGGUGGGUUUAAACCAGUGCAAAUGAAGUUAUUGUGUCAUCCCCUUCGAAUUGAAUUCAUUGAAAAGUUCAAUCAAAUAUUUGCUCAAAGUAACAAUGAGAAGUUUUUAUUACAACUUGAUGCGGCGUACGAGAAACAAGACUUUGGCAGAUUUCUCACGUUGGUCUUAAAAGCAUGUGAAAUGGCAGCAUCUAAAAUUUCUCAAUUGGAAACUACUGAACGAGAGAAUUGGCGGAAGAUUGAGAACAAAGCGCGGAAGUACAAAGAGCAGAUCACAAACAAACAAGGAGGGUUUGCAUUCAGUUUUAUUGAAGGUGAUUUGAUCACUGCAUUGAGGAAUGGUCACUGGAUCUUACUUGAUGAAAUCAACUUGGCGUCACACGAGACACUGGAAAGAAUAUCUGGACUGUUGGACGGAGAGUCGAUCUUAUUGACUGAAGUGGGAGAUGUCACCCCAGUGCCACGAAACCCUAAUUUUAGACUCUUUGCGAAUAUGAACCCUCCAACAGAUGUUGGGAAAAAAGACUUGUCGCCGGGAAUCAAGUCCCGAUUCCAUCCAAUUCAGUUUGACGAAAUUAUUAAAGAAAAUGACUUGGAGAUGCUUGUGAAUGACUAUUUGAAACGAAUUGGUGUCACCCCUCCAUCGAAGAAGAUUGUCGAGUUCCACUUGCAAGCAAAGAAAUUGGCGAAAGAAGAAUUAGUUGAUGGAGCCGGACAACGCCCACUGUUUUCGUUGAGAACCCUUUGUCUUGCUUUACAAUAUAUCACCGAUGUCAAUGGGUUCUUUGGAUUUGAAAGGAGUUUGUACGAAGGUAUUUCGAUGUCUUAUUUGACUCAACUGAGCAGAGAAAGUUACCCCAUAAUGGAGAAUAUGAUCAAUUCGAUGUUUACUAAAUCGAAUAACAGUGGGUCUAUUCCUAAGAACAAAAGUUAUGUCCAAUAUGGCGGGUAUUUCAUUGAACAGGGUUUGGAGGUACCAAGACUUGAUGAGAAGUACAUUUUGACAGAAACGACACAGAAGAGACUUGAAAGUAUCGCGAGAAUUGUCAUGUCGAAGCGAUACCCUAUUUUACUCCAAGGACCAACUUCUGCUGGUAAAACUUCAUUAGUCGAAUAUUUAGCUCACGCGACGGGGCAUAGAAUGGUCAGAGUGAAUAACCAUGAACAAACAGACGUUCAAGAAUACCUUGGGAGUUAUGUCCCAACAGAAGACGGGAAAUUGGUGUUCCAAGAAGGGAUAUUGGUUGAAGCAGUGAGAAAGGGAUAUUGGAUUGUACUUGAUGAACUUAACUUGGCACCUUCAGAGGUGUUGGAAGCACUGAAUAGACUUUUGGACUUCAACAGAGAACUGUAUAUUCCUGAGACGCAAGAGGUGGUCAAGCCCCAUCCACAGUUCAUGUUGUUUGCGACGCAAAACCCCCCAAAUACGUAUGGAGGAAGAAAACAUUUGUCACGUGCGUUUAGAAAUCGAUUUAUUGAAUUACACUUUGACGAAAUACCUGAAAAUGAACUGGAAAUUAUUAUUGAAAAAAGAAGUCAGAUUCCACCAAGUUAUUCAAAGAAGUUGGUCCAAGUGCUUAAGGACCUUCAGAAGCAACGCUCAAUGACACAGUUCUUUGGAGGAAAACAUUCGUUUAUUACACUCAGAGAGUUGUUUAAAUGGGCUGACAGACAUGCGAGUAGCUAUGAGGAAUUGGCGAGAGAUGGGUACUUUAUAGUAGCCGAGAAGAUGAGAACACAAGAAGAAAAGAAUGUCAUUCAGAAGGUUAUUGAAGAUGAUCUGAAGGUGAAAAUAGACUUUACCACUGUGUAUGAAUGUAAAGAGUUUGUUGAAGCAUCGAAGCUGUGUCCGGAAAUCGUGUGGACUCCUUCAAUGAAACGACUCUUCUGCUUAAUUGUUGAAUGCGUCAAAAAUAAAGAGCCCGCACUUCUUAUUGGAGAGACGGGUACGGGGAAGACAACGGUGUGCCAAAUUUUGGCCAAAGUAUUGAACAACAGACUGAGAAUAUUGAACUGCCACCAACACACGGAAACUGCUGAUUUCAUUGGAGGUAUGCGACCAGCUCGAAAUAAAGACCAAACGACUUUUAAGUUACACAAAGCGUUGGAGACGUUGUUAAAGACGACAGGAACGUUACAAGAGUUGUUAAUUAUUUAUCAAAAGAAUUAUAAGAGUUACCAAAAGAAUGAAGUGGAAGACAUAGAGAGUUUAUUGAAAGAGUAUAAAAUAUUAUUUAAGUGGUAUGAUGGACCUUUAAUAGAAGCAAUGAAGACGGGGGAGAUGUUUUUGAUUGAUGAAAUUAAUAUGGCGGAGGAUUCUGUUUUGGAAAGAAUCAAUUCAGUGUUAGAACCUUCAAGAAUGAUGACCAUUGCAGAGAAGACGUCAACAGAGAUAGAAGAAGUUGUUGCGAAUGAUACUUUUAGAAUCUUUGGAACAAUGAAUCCCGGUGGAGACUUUGGUAAAAGAGAGCUGAGUCCUGCUAUGAGAAACCGAUUUACAGAAAUCUAUGUCAAGUCGUUUGAAGCAGAAGGAGACUUGUUACUGAUUGUCCAACAGAAGAUCAAUGAACCAACAGAGAAGAAGUUUGCGGCUGCUAUAGUCAAGUUCUUGAUGUGGGCGGAGAAGAAAUUUGGGAAGAAAGUGUCAGUCAGAAAUUGCCUAGCGUGGACUGAUUUUAUGAAUUGUUGUACGAGUAUACCAUCACCUCUUGUUCGAUUCAUCCAUGCAGCUCAUUUAGUAGUGAUUGAUGGUGUUAAGGAUGAAGUAGGGAAAACAAAUGCGGAGUGUUUGAUAGCAUUGAAUGAGGCAUUGGUGACUAUUGGAGAGAAAUUGGAAGACUCUAUAGUUCAAGAGAUGUCGAUGCAACCAACUUUGAGUGUUGGACCAACCAACAUCAGUGUAUCAGACUUCACUAUCACAGCAAAUGGUCCAAUUCAAAAACAAGACAAUUACUGCGUGGAGGCGCCAACUACUACUAACAACAUACUUCAUUUAUUGAGAGCGUUGGUACUCCAUAAAUCGAUAUUAAUGGAAGGAUCUCCUGGAGUUGGAAAGACGACGAUAAUAGAGAUAUUAUCAUCAAUGUUAAACAUUCCAUUGUUUAGAAUCAAUCUGUCUGAACACACGGACAUUAGCGAUUUACUUGGAACGGAUCUCCCACUUGAAGGAAGCAGUGGAGGAUUUGGAUGGUGUGAUGGAUUGUUACUGAGAGCGAUGAAAAGUGGAUCAUGGGUGUUACUCGAUGAACUCAACUUGGCUUCACAAAGUGUAUUGGAAGGUCUUAAUUCGUUGUUGGAUCACCGAGCAACUGUAUAUAUACCAGAGAUCAAUAUGGAAGUGAAAUGUCCACCGACAUUUAGACUGUUUGCAAGUCAGAAUCCACUUGGAGAAGGGAGUGGAAGAAAGGGAUUGCCACAAUCGUUUAUAAACCGAUUUACAUCAGUGUAUGUCAAUAAGAUGACUGAAAGUGAUUUGAAAUUGAUUGUCGAGAAAAUGUAUCCAAUGAUUCCAGUCGAACUGAGAGAGAGUCUUAUAGACUUUGUGGGGCAACUUGAGAAUCAAGUGUGCUGUAAAAAGAAUUUUGGGAGACGUGGAGAGCCGUGGGAAUUCAAUUUAAGAGAUGUUUUGAGAUACUGUAAAUUGUAUUCUGAAUAUUCACAACGUAUUGAUACUGAUACAAUGAAAGGAAAUAUGGACACACUUGGGUUUAUAUUCACUGAAAUCUUUAAGGGAAGAUUUAGAGAUGUUGUUGAUAUACAAAAAGUCGAAGAGCUCUGGAGAAGUUGCUUGUCACCAAAAUACAAAGAGAUGUCGAUGGAAUAUCACAAUGAUAUUCACAUUACUCCGGAGAGAUUUAUUAUUGGAGAAGUGGAGGUGUCGAGAACUGUUAAUAGAGAUACAACAAACUCAGACAAAUAUAUAUUACCAACACAUGUUGAAUCGAUGAAACAAGUCAUGAAGGGUAUUAAUCAUAACUGGCUCAUAUCACUUAUUGGAGACUCACAUUGUGGAAAGGCGACGUUAGUGAGGAAUGUUGCUCAACUAUGUGGAAGUGUUUUAAAAGAGUUUUCGAUGAACACAAGUGUUGACACGAUAGAUCUCAUUGGUGGAUAUGAACAACUCGAUUUUGAAAGACACAGAAGAUCAUUUUUGGAAGACCUUCGAGAUUACAUGAAAUUGGUUACAAACAAGGAAGCGUUAUCAAUCUAUUCGACAUUGGAGAGGUGUACUAAAGUGUCUGAAAUUGAUAGGAAACAUGAUUGUAUCUUCUCAUCAACUGAAAUGAAUAUCAUUAAAGGGUUAAUUAAAGUACUUAACGAUGAAUAUUUCCAGUCUGAAAUAACACGAAUAGAAGUGACACAACAGAAGAAGUCGAUUGGUUCAUUUGAAUGGGUGGAUGGUAUUGUAGUGAAGUGUAUGAAACGUGGGUACUGGUUGUUAAUGGAAAAUGUCAAUUUCUGUAACCCGACUGUACUUGACAGACUUAAUUCACUCUUUGAACCAAAUGGGUACUUAGUGUUAAAUGAACGCGGUGUUGAUAGUAAUGGCAUUCCAAUCAUCGUGAAGCCCCACAACAACUUUAGAGUCAUCUUUACAUCAAAUCCAAUGAAUGGAGAAAUAUCACGAGCUAUGAGGAAUAGAGCGCUUGAGUUGUAUGUACCCCAAAUUCGUGAGAUAGACGCACAACGCAUGUUAACUGGAUUUGGAGUGUCUUUACAAACAGCGAAAAAGAUGAUAGCAAUACAUCUAAAGACGGAGAAUAUGACGUUUUUGCAUUUGAUGAGAUGGGCAAAGUAUGUCGGGAAGAAUGGAGAGAGUGCGAUGAAAGAGGGAUUUGACAUCUUCUACGUCCAAACUAAAUCGGAUUUAAAUGAACAAGAGAAGUUAAGAAACAUUUACUUGAAUCAACAAGAUAUUGAAUGUAAUGAAUAUGAGAGUGUUGUAUUCAAAUUGUUUGCACAAGCCACAAUAUGCAAUUUGAAUGUGUUUGAGGAGAAUGUGUCGAUUGGAAAUUUGAUGAAUCAAAUGUCACAAAUCAUCCCAUUAAUAUGUGAUCAAGUGCCACAAAAUGCAAUGGAAGUUGACUAUUUUUCAUUGAAGAAUGUCAUUGUUAACACGCUGAAAGAUGUCAAAUUUGAAUCGACGAUGAAGUACAAAGAAUACAUUUCAAUGGUGUUGUAUUUACUUGAUGAUAUUGAUCGAGUCAAUUACUUGAGUUUGUUGCAAAGCAUUGAAGGUGGAGAGAACAUCAUUGUGUAUAUUCAAAACGAGAACUUAAUAAGACAACAUUCAAGUCGACAAAUUCGAGGGAUGUAUGCACUCUAUUUGUUAAUGAAACGUGAAGAAGAAAAGGUGCGAGUUGAAGAGAAUGGCAAAAGUAUUCUCUCGAAGUCAUACAGAAAGAUUGGGAACGUCUAUUCGAAGUAUUUGGUCAUUGAACAGAACUAUAACGAAUUUUUGGAAUUACUUGAUAAAACAAUUUGUGAGUUACACACUUUGGACGAACAAACACAAUAUUACGUUCUUUCACUUCGAGUACUUUUUGGUGUUGUGGGAAUGAAUGAAAAUUUACAAUUAGAACGAUAUAUUAUCUUAUGUGUGAUGCUUAGAAGUUUACAUCCGACAUAUCAAACACUUACAAACGACUUGUUUGCCCGUUUCAAUAUUGAUGAAUCUUUCAUUGGAUCUUUAUGGUCUGGGUUUUCAAGUUCGUUAUAUCCCAAACAACCCACUCGGUUAUCUGAAGUACUUAAAAUAUGCGGAGAAAGGUAUGGAAAGAAUGAUGUCAAGAUAUUAUCAACGUUAAUACAGAAGAGUUAUACAGAUGAAGAAUUUGAGUUGACGAAGCCACAAAUAGAAAAGGAAACAAUGUUGACACCACUGUACGACUUUUUAGUGAAUCUUCAAGUUGUAUCACAAGUCUUAAAUGGAGUAGAGUGCACUGCAAAUCCUUUGGUCCACUUCUUCCAGACUGUUUCAAAGGAGAAUUCUAUAUAUACAAUUCCAAUGAUAAUGAAGGCACUUGACUCGUUGUGGAAGAACCACCCUGAUUUGCCAUUCUUACCAAAGUCAAAGCAAUUAAAAGGCGUGUCUUUGCUCUACCAAAGUGUUAUACCUAGAGCACGAGCACAUUUUACAUCAAAAGAAGUGUUGGAUGUCUUACCAAUUUCGAUGCAAUUUAACUUGCUUAAAGAUAUUAAGAACAUCUCAUUCUCUUCAACAAAUGAUGUCACUGAUAUCAUUAAUAAAUUACUAAAUAUCGUUCACAACACAUUGACUGAGAUGUUUGCAUCAAUUGUACAACAAAAGUGUGAUAUGUCUGUCUCUUUGAAUUUGAUCAGUCGUAAACUUAAUGGACUUUACAACGAGACUAUUCAAACGGUUUGUGGAAACUCAGAGAAAGAGGAGAGUGCAAAUUUGUUUAAAUAUGGUAGUUUCAUGUACCAAGCAUUUUCUAUUCCAUGCAUCGACCCAAUGGAGUUCCCAAAACAUUUCAUUUCUGUUUCAAAUGAACGUAUUGAAAUAAUUAGUAAUCAGAUCGAAAGUGUCAUUAAUUUACAGAGUCAUGUAUUUGGAAAAGGGUUUGAGCGGAUACUAAACUUUUUGGAAAUGUCGAGAAAUACUGUUCGAAGUGGAAUGAAGAAGUACGAAGAAUUCAACAAGGAAAGAAUUACAGAACAAAAGUUUGAGAACUUGUAUCAGGAAUUUGUAUUGUUUUCAUCAUCGAAUGGAGACUACUUGAAGAUCAAAAGACUGUAUGAUGAUAUUGAAAAUGUCAAUGAAGUUGCUCAACUCAUUCGCAUCAUUACACAAGAAACAAUGUGGCAAGAACAGACUGAAUUUUUCAUAGAACAUAUUCAGAAGGAUUAUCCCUUAUUCUUAGAUUUGACUAUACCCGUCUUGUUUGGGCUUUAUUUACUUAAGACUGGUCUUCGAAUUGGUUUGUAUAAGAAGAUAGUUUUGUACUUGCGAAAUGAAAAGACUGAACUGUUACUUAAAAGUGUUAUUACAUUCCCAGUGAAUUCUAAUAUGAUACAAGAACAAGCAAAAUGCAUUGGAGACUUCAUUAUCCAACACAUUGAAGAGAAUAAGAAUGUCCAGAACAGUGAAUUAAUUAAAAUAGUGUUGGUCAAUGUUAUUCGAGAGAUGUGGGGUGACAAAGCUGGUGCGAUGAAAGUGAUCUCAUUGUUGCUUCAUUUGAUGACUACACUCAAAAACGCGGAAGAUGAAGAGAAAAGAAAGAUCAUAGAGGAAGAACAAGUGACUUAUAAAUAUACAACUAAGACGAAUCAACUUGCUGUGGAUGAAGAUAAAGAAGAAGAAGAGUAUAGAGCAGAGUUUCCGGACUUCUUUGCUGAUGUUCAAGACUUAUUAAAAACACAGAGUCUUUCAAUGGAAAUAGAAACGAAAACGAAUGAAAAUAAGAAGAAGAAGGCAAGAGUUUGGAUGAGUGACUCUGAUAUUCAGUUUAUUAUGAAACUCAUUUCUAAGUUACUAAAAGCACAGAAAUGCCAAGAAAGCUUUGAGGAGAUGUAUGAGACAAGGAACAAAAUAUUUAAAGAGAUUUUGGACGAGUUCUUCGACACAAGAGAUCUGCCACUUCCAAAGGAAUUUGAUUGUAUUAGUUCUCCAUUCCAUAACAUUUUCAUAGACAAGAAAGUAGCUAUUUUAAGUCAGACGAAGGCGGAGAGAACGAUUGAUUUGAACAAAGAUGGGAGUGUUUAUGAAGUCAACGAAUUGCUUAAAAAAUUAGAACCGUUGUGUACACAUGUCUUGAAGUUGUUAGAGGAAUUCCCAGAGAAUGAGAUGUUAGUGAAGAUCCUUUCUAUUAUAGAGAGACUGAAGAACUUCCCAAAGACAGACCCUCUCAUGAGAUAUUUGAUAGUCCUCCACAUCUUGUUUGGUGAGCUUCAAAAUUGGGAGACGGUAGCUGCGAAGUAUGUUUCAUUACGAGAAGAAAUGAAUGUGGUUGCUACUAUAAUACAGAAGUGGAGAUGUUGGCAGUUGAAGAGUUGGGAUAAAAUGACGGAGAGUCUGAAUGAAGAUCAACUGAUUCAAGCCCGGGCGUGGUUUGUUAAUGUCUGGAAGAUGGUAGAUGAGAUGGUGAACAAUGAAGUCGACGAACAAAUAGAAUUGGGCUUUUUGGAAUCAAUGAAUCAAUUUAUGUAUAAGUGCACGUAUGGACAAUUUGAAGAGAGACUUAAAGUACUUGGCAUAGUUAUUCAAAUAUGUGAAUGCUCUGAAAAUCGAAAUGCACGAUUUGGGAAGGUUAAGGUGAUGUUGACGCAAAUCCGGGAAUACUACAAUGUCUUUGUAUCGAGAAUUAAAGAAGACAUAGACAGAGAGACUAAACCUGUUGAGACUAAAAUUAAGGAGUUUGUGAAACUGAUAAGAUGGAAUGAUAUUAACCAUGAAAAGAUCAAAGACCAAGUGGAGAAGUCGAACCGGAAAUUGAAUGGAUUUAAAAGGGAGUAUGAUGACAUUUUGAAGAAGAAUGUACAAUUUGUUGUUCAAAGUCAGACGUUUGCGAACACCACGAGCGCUACUGAUAAAGCGUUGGGACCCAUCUUUAAAGAAAUACAUAAGAGUGAAAAGAUCAAGAAGACUGUGGAUUCAAAGAAGAGAACGGACAAUAUCGGUUAUUUCAUUAAUAAAAUUGCUGUGUUGGAAGAGAAUACCAUUCGAGUGUGUGUUGAAGAGAAGAUGAGUAAAGAGAAGUCGGGUGUUGUAUGGCUUGAGGAAGUCGAAAAAGAGUUGAUUGGCCGUGUUGUAGAACUUCAGAAUUUAACAGGAAAGGAAGGUGUGAAGACAAAGAAAAGAGCCCUUUUGGACGCGUUAGAACUGUUUGAAGUACUGAAGUUGCCACACUCAAGAAAGUCUGUCAAAGUCGAAGAAGUCGUUUUAGAGAGUGUGUUACGAAGGAACUACAAAUUGGAAGGAGAAGAUGAUGUCAUUAAAAACGUUAACGAGUAUCAUUACCGAACUUUAAGUAAAUUGGAAUUGUUUAAUAAGACUAAAGUGACUCCAUCGAGUGAUUUGAAUGCCAAAGAAAUUGAAUACAUGCAAGGGUUUGUCUACAAUUUGUAUUCCAUGUGUU